UCAGGACUGGGUUUGCCUACAGAAAUAACACAAGAAGUAUAUGAUGCAACGAGCACCUCAACCAAGCUGUUUUGACCGCGUUAAGGUUGGAUUUAUGAUGGGGUUUGCAAUUGGAAUGAGCUCGGCGGCACUGUUUGGAACCUACUCCGCUCUAAAGUAAGACAAAUCAUACGGACCUUUCCUAGUCAUAACUUAAUUCAUUAAAUGAACCAUGGGUGAAUCUGGUUUUUUAAUAUAUGACAUUGAAGGGGAGGGGUGGCGGAUAGUUUCGCGAUUCAUUGGAGAUCACCAGGUGUCGAAGAGUGACAUUUCAUUCCACUGAUGCAAAUUAGUAAUUGUAACAGCACUGAGUGGAGUCCAAUUUGUAAUGGUAACUGGACUGAGUGGAGUCCAAUUCGGUUUGUAAUCAUACGAGUGAUUAACAAAAUCGGACGACCGCGUAGUGGGAGUCCAAUUUGUUUGAUCACGGGUAUGAUUACAGACCGCGAACAAAGCUUUCUUUUGUUGCUCGGAAAGCGCCAUUAUGUACCGAUGCGGUGCAGCAUACAAACAAUUUUUUCCCUAGUAGAGGCAAAAUAGGUGUGAAAAUUAAUCAUAACUUUAACAAAAUUUGUGAAAAAAAGGCCCUUUUUUUUAUCAGCACACAAGAAAUUCAAAGUUUUUUUGCUGGCAGUGAAAAAAAAAAAGCCAUUUUAGCGUCGCGUGGUGGGGAGUCCGAUUUUGUUUAAUGGCACAUACUGUCCAGUUAACAAAAUUUUGAAAAAAGGCCCUUUUUUUUAUCAGCACACAAGAAAUUCAAAGUUUUUUUGCUGGCAGUGAAAAAAAAAAGCCAUUUUAGCGUGCGCAAUGGCGCAUACUGUCCAGUUACUUAGGCACAAUGCAUACUGUCCCAUUAAACUGUCCUAUUAAGGCUGAAAUCAGGACAGUUGAUAGCCAAUCAGAUUUGAGAAUUUUGUUACAGUUAUGAUUAGGCCUGUAAUCAUACAAGUGAUUAACAAAAUCAGAUGACCACGUAGGAGGAGUCCAAUUUGAAAAAAAAAUGACUUUUUCAUUUUCCCUGACGGACUGAUGUUAGUAGUGGUUCAACCGUUUACAGGUUUAAUCAUUGCAAUGCAAAAUGUUAGUCACCAGGAAAAUUAAAUAGAAGUUAUGACACAAUCGCUUUUGACAUUUGUCAUAUUGAAAAUAAUAAUGGUGUUAAUUGAUUUCAGAUAUGGACUUAGAGGAAGAGAGCUGGUCAGCAGUAUAGGAAAAAUCAUGCUUCAAGGAGGUGGUACAUUUGGAGUAUUUAUGUCUGUUGGCACUGCUAUCAGAUGUUGACUUUAAGAUCACAAACUUUGACAGAACCUGAAGAUGAUGCAAAAAACUGUAUUUAAAAGAGUGUUCUUUCUCCAGUAGACUGAAGAAACAUCAGAGCAACAGUGGUUAAAGUUAUUUUGUUUGGCUGAUAAAACCAUGUUGAAUGCAGCUGAUUUAAAUAGGAAAUCCUACUCCUCAAAAGGGACAAUUAAAAUAGUAAUUUUUAAUGUACUAGUGGAAUCUUAUCUUGGUAUUGCAAAGUUUAAUUUUUUCGGUAAUUAUAAUGGCAUUUGAAAAUGCAACUCUGCCAGAGAAGUCACACUGAAAUGCAAGGCUGUCAUUUUCUAAUUUAUCCACUUUAAAGAGUGUCGCAAAGUUCAGUUUUUGGUGGACAAUUUAACCAGAUUACUCUGUAAGGUAUAGCUAAAUGUAAGAAUGAAGUAAUCUGGUGUGAUGUUGAUGGGGCCUGAGUGAGAUAUUGAUUAUAAAAUGUAGUUGGACCUUCAAGUCCAACCAUUUGGACUCUCUUUUAGCAUUUUGAGGAGCUGCUCACAAUAGGACAACUGUGUCAUCAAACAGCUGUGCAAAGUCAGUGGCCAAUCAGAGCAUAAAGUGCGUCCAUAACAGAAAUGACCAUGUUCUUGUUACAUUCUGUUUAUCUGUGAGGGCUUAUUAGCCUUCAUUAGAAGAAAGGAUUAGUUUUCAGAGUUGUUGGCGAAUGAGUAUACAGUCAGACCUCUCUAAUACGGACACCGAAGGGACAUAUCAAAGUGUCCGUAUUAGAGAGGUGCCCAUAUCGAAGAGGUCAACAUGAUGCGUCCCCUUUUUAAGUGUUCAGUAGCUAAAAGCAGGCUCACACUCGUCUUUAAACUGCAUUUAAAUUUAUUAAUUCACAGAACAAAGAAACUGUCUUUCAGUAGCAUACAAUAUUGCAGAUCUCAGCUACAAAUUAAGUUCAGUCGUAGACAAAUCACUGUUUUAACACGAAACGAGCUACUGUGCAAUGCUUCAAGUAACAAGUUGUAACGUAUAGCACAAUUCUGAAAGCGCUUGUAAGUGCAGUAAACAAUAACUAGAACACAAAAUGUAAUAGAAAAGAUCUUUAUGCUAUCUGCAGUUAUUCAAGCCUUAAAAAAGUCG